UCUUACUUGACGGCUUGAUGAUAAAGAUUUUUUCCAGAAAUAUAUGAUACCACCAUCCAUAUAUAAGAAGAUACUUCUGUGUCACGAUUUGCAUUUCAUUCCUAAUCACGAGAAGAGCCGGUAUCGAGACAGUAGUGCGGGUAGUGCAAAGUAGAGCUUUCCUUAAAAGUCGGUUGAAGCGCGAAGAAUGAUAUUGUUAGUGUUGUUCACAUUAGUGGUUGCCUAUGCAGCCAAUUUUCUAUACAAGAAAUGGAAAGUGUAUAGACUUUUGGUGGACAAUUUCAAAACACCACCAAGGCAUCCAAUCUUUGGAACUCUGACUAUUUUUCGAGGGACCGCUCCAGAAAUUUUCAAAACCUUUCAAAGUUUAUUCGGGAAAUAUGGAAAAAAUUUUGUCCUAACUCGACCGAUACUGGACGCUCAGAUUGUAAUCUCAGAUGCUAAAGAUGUUGAGGCCAUUUUAACAAAUCCGAAUACGAAGAAGGCUAGAAAGGCAUCUGGAUAUCAAACUUUAGAGCCGUGGUUAGGAACCGGUCUCCUAACAGCUUAUGGGGACAAAUGGUUCACCCGGCGUAAAAUCAUCACCCCCAGUUUUCAUUUCAGUAUUUUGGAUGGCUUUGUAGAUGUGAUGAGCAAACAAUCAGAUAUUCUAAUAAAACAUCUAACAUCGAUGGCCACAAAGGGUGAAGUUGACAUCUACCCGAUAGUAAAUGCAUUUGCGCUGGACGUAAUUUGCGAAACCUCAAUGGGUGUUACCGUGAAUGCUCAAUCCGACCCGAAUUCAGAAUAUGUAACUUCAGUGAAGAAGAUGUCCCGCGCUGUCCAGGAACGAUUACAUCAUCCUCUGGGAGAAACUGGUCUUUACAACCUGACAUCCAAAGGCCAAUAUCUAAAGACCCUUACGAAUAUUCUCCACGAUUUCACGGAUAAAGUCAUUGGGGAACGGAGGGAUCAAUUACUAUCCAACACGAAGAUUGGCCAAGGGAGUCGUAUGAACUUUUUAGAUAUUUUGCUUCAUGCGACAGCAGGUGGAAAGCCUCUGACAAAUGCUGAUAUACGGGAAGAGGUCGAUACUUUUAUGUUUGAAGGACACGACACUACUGCUUCAGGAAUAGCAUUUACACUUUAUUUGCUGUCUAGACAUCCCGAUGUACAGGAGAAGCUUUAUCAAGAAUUGAAGAACGCUUUUGGCAGUAAAGACCAAAUGGAAAUCACCAAUAAGAAUAUAAGUGGGCUUGAAUACUUGGAUAUGGUAAUAAAAGAGAGUCUGCGAAUGUUUCCCCCGGUCCCAGGUAUCGGACGACAACUGAUGGAGGAUACACUGAUAGGAGGUGUUACAGUUCCCGCUGGUGUUAACCUAAUAUUAUCAAUCUACAGAAUGCAACACGAUCCAACUAAUUAUCCUGAUCCAGAAAAAUUUGAUCCAGAGCGAUUUAGUUCGCAGUCAGACAGCAAGCGUACAUUUGCAUACGUUCCCUUCAGUGCCGGAGGACGGAACUGCAUUGGUCAGAAAUUUGCUUUAUUGGACUUGAAAACAGUAAUAGCAAAAGUUAUCAUGAACUUCAAGUUAUUACCUGGACCAGAAGUAAUUUUGCAAGGAGAUCUUAUCCUAAAAGCAUCAAAUGGUAUCCGCAUUCGAUUGAAACAACGAUAAUAUUAUUCUUAUGAACUUGUAUCAUAAAUUCUACUCCUAGAGUUUGUCUCUAAUUCACGUUGUAGAUAAAGAUAAAAAAAGAAGGGAAAUGGGGCAAUGAAAAAAAAGAUAAUGUUUCAUAAAAAAGAAGUGAUUAGAAGCUCCGUUUAUGUUGAUCCCAGAUGUAAAGUAGAAAAUGCUAUAAUACAGGCCAUUGCAUAACACAUCACA